CUCGAUUAGUGAAAGGUAGCCCGAGAGGUUAAACAGAAUGAAAACAUUAAAUUUAUUCUUAGAAGCUGUUUAUCAGCCCACUAAGGGUUGCAUUCUUUCUAACGCAGGUGGAAGCACUCCAUCUUUGACCCAGAAUGCGUUUACUACCCACGGAGAGACGUGGUGUAUGUUCCCGUGGGUUUCUUCAACAUAACUGUCCCCACAAGCCCAGGAGAAAGGAUGUUUCACGUUCCACGUGCUGGGCCACGACUUGUUGGCUGCUUCUUCCGGGUCAUCAUGGAGAACACUGGCCUGUACAAACCGGAGGGCCUGUGGUGGACAGAAGCGACGCGGGCUGCUUUUCAGGACGACAUGGCAUGUCUAGAAGAAAAGCACAGCCAAAUGAUUUUGCAAGACGGGGGGAUCAAUCUGCACGAUGUCAACAAGCGCCUCAACCUGCAAGGCCUGAGCGACGUUGAGGACAAUGUGGCCGUGCGCAUCUCGGUGAAGGUAUUCAACGACCGCCUGUUCACGAAUCGGUAUCUCAACCGCGACUACAGGCUUCCUGGAGUAGAGCACCUAUCCUCGCAGCAGCUUUUUUUCAUCUACCUCGCCCGGAGUCACUGUGAGAUUUUCACAAUUGAGAAGAAGCUCGAAGACAUCCGCUGCUCCUACAAGAGCAAAGGAAAAUACAGAACUAACCUGCCCCUGAGCAACAACCAUGAGUUCGCCGAUGCAUUUCAGUGCGCGCACGGCACAGAGAUGAACCCUACGACACAGUGUUCAGUCUGGCGUUGAUAGGUUGUGUACGUUAUAUAUGUUUUCUUUUUUCAAUUACAUUCAGCUGGGCCUAAUAAAAUGUACAUCUUCUCUGCUGUGCAGAUGAAA